AUAUCACUCAUCAGAAAGAAUCCAAAAUCUUCUCUCAAACCCUUUCAUCUCCUUCAUCAAUAUUCCUAGCUUUUAUUUAAUUUUCUCUAAUGGGUAAAAUUCAUCCAGAAAAUAUAUCUUCUCCUCCUACUUCUCCUUCUUCUUGUUCAUCUCCUUAUGUUACAUCCAUAAGAGAAACUUUUACCAUAUGGAUGAAAUCACUAGUUUUUCAUGGGAAUGGAUGUACUGUUUUUAAUUCCAAAGGUGAACUUGCUUUUAGAGUUGAUAAUUAUCAAGAAAAAUGUAGCAAUGAAGUAUUUCUCAUGGAUCUCAAUGGUCAAGUUCUCUUCUCCAUCAAAAAAGAGAAAUUGAGAGUUUUUGGUCGAUGGAAUGGAUAUUUAUGUGGUGGAUUUAAAGGAAGGCCAUGGUUUCAAGUGAGAAAGAAUUGCACAUUUUCAAGAGGAAAUGUCAUAUGUAAUGUCAAUUUGGGGCAUGAAAAAUCCAUCGAAAGCUGCUACAAGAUUAAAAAAUUGGACAGAAAAUCAUCAUUUAAAGUUACAAAUUAUACUGGAGAAAUUGUUGCAGAGUUAAAACAAAAGCAAUCAUCAAGAGGAUUUGCUUAUGGAGAUGAUGUGUUAACUCUAGAAGUGGAACCCGAAGUUGAUCAGUCACUAAUUAUAGCUUUAGUGACAGUUUGCGGUUUGAUUACUCGCAAAUUAUGAUCAAGAAAUUAUAUGAAGAAUUCAAGAAAUAUGGGGCUCUUCCAUAUGAACCACCAUUCUGAUUUUAGAAUGUGUUGUGUGCAUUUAUUUUCUCUUUGUAAAAUAGGAGAUCAAAUUUGUAUAUGCAGUUUACAAGAGAAUUAAGCUUUGAGAUGUAGGACAAAGAGAACAAAUAGUCUAGUUACAUUUUGUUUGCAUUUCUUGUUGUAGAAAUCUUCAACUUUUGUAAUGAGUAAUUCAAAAGGUACUAAUCUGACCUUUCUUAAAUAUUUGCAUUUGUUAACCACUGGUAUAUAUAUUAUUGGGUUUUUGAAUUAA